CUUGGGCGCGAAUUCGAAACGUCUCAUAGCUUGAUAUUGUGGAGGAAGCAUCGGCAAGCCUUUGCAAGUCAGCAUCUUUCCAUUGUCUUCUGCGCCUAUCUUCAAUAAAUCAAAAUGCGUGAGUGCAUCUCUAUCCAUGUGGGCCAAGCUGGCGUGCAGAUGGGCAACGCCUGCUGGGAGCUCUACUGCCUGGAGCAUGGCAUCCAGCCUGACGGUCAAAUGCCUGCUGACAGAGCCGGCGGUGAUGACUCAUUCAGCACCUUCUUCUCUGAGACUGGCUCAGGAAAGCAUGUGCCCAGAGCAGUCUUCGUUGACCUCGAACCUUCCGUCAUCGACGAGGUACGGAGCGGCGUGUACGGCAAGAUGUUCCACCCAGAACAGCUAAUCACCGGCAAGGAGGACGCCGCUAAUAACUACGCGCGCGGUCACUACACCAUCGGCAAGGAGAUCGUCGACGUCGUGCUGGACCGCAUCCGCAAGACGGCCGACAACUGCACAGGGCUGCAGGGCUUCUUGAUCUUCCACUCGUUUGGUGGUGGCACAGGAUCAGGCUUUACUUCUCUCCUCAUGGAGAGACUCUCCGUCGACUAUGGCAAGAAGAGCAAGCUUGAGUUCGCUAUAUAUCCUGCACCUCAGGUUGCCACUGCUGUGGUCGAGCCAUACAACUCAAUCUUGACCACACACACCACGCUGGAGCACUCGGACUGUGCCUUCAUGGUCGACAAUGAGGCUAUCUACGAAAUUUGUCGUCGCAACCUCGAUAUUGAUAGGCCUACGUAUGCCAACCUCAAUCGCCUCAUUGGUCAGAUUGUGUCCUCCAUCACUGCGUCUCUGCGUUUCGAUGGCGCUCUCAACGUCGACCUGACGGAGUUCCAGACCAACCUAGUGCCUUACCCUCGCAUCCACUUCCCAUUGGUGACCUACGCGCCUGUUAUCAGCGCAGAGAAAGCAUAUCACGAGCAGCUCUCUGUUGCAGAGAUCACUAACGCAUGCUUCGAGCCCGCCAACCAGAUGGUGAAAUGCGACCCCCGACAUGGCAAGUACAUGGCCUGUUGCCUGCUCUACCGCGGUGAUGUCGUGCCCAAGGAUGUCAACGCUGCCAUCGCUACCAUCAAGACCAAGAGGAGCAUCCAGUUCGUGGACUGGUGCCCCACGGGCUUCAAGGUAGGCAUCAACUACCAGCCUCCCACCGUGGUCCCUGGUGGGGACUUGGCCAAGGUAUCUCGUGCCGUGUGCAUGCUGAGCAACACCACGGCCAUCGCUGAGGCCUGGGCGCGUCUGGACCACAAGUUCGACCUGAUGUACGCCAAGAGGGCCUUCGUGCAUUGGUACGUUGGCGAGGGCAUGGAGGAGGGCGAGUUCACCGAGGCCAGGGAGGACGUCGCCGCCCUUGAGAAAGACUACGAGGAAGUCGGCUUGGACUCUGGAGAUGCAGAAGCCGGCGAAGGAGAAGGUGAUGAUUACUAAAUGCAUUUAAUUUUUAGUAUACUGAUACCAGAGGAAAUUGAGGAUGUCUGUGAUUCAAUAAAAUGUCAUGUGCCA